AUGAAUCUUCCUGAAGAUCUAAAGGUCAAGUACUGCCUAGAAGUCGUGGGUUCCUGCAACGGACUCCUCUGCCUAAAUGAUCUAGGGCGCCGUUUUUACAUAUCCAAUCCCAUUACUGGUGAGUCACUGCUUCUUCCUGAGCCUGUUAAAAAUGAGAAAAUUGUUAUUCCAUAUGUCUCAGGUUUUGGAUUUAGUCCCAUCAAUGAUGUCUAUACAGUGUUGCUUAUCUAUACAAUCCAAGGAUCUGAUGUAGGGGAGGUGAUGGUUUUGAGUCUUGGCUCUUCUGGUUUAUGGAGAAGCGUUGGAAGUUCUGUAUACCCUAAGCGGGAAAGCCAACCAUAUAUGACUCAUCUGAAUGGACGUCUUCAUUGGUCUGUUAAGAGUAAUGGUUCACUUUUGAUAUGUUCCUUUGAUCUUGAAACCGAGAAGUUGCAAGAGUCACCACCAUUUUCUAUGGAACAAGCUAAUUCUAAGUUCGUGACCCUUGGAGUUUUGGGAGGUUGUCUCUGCUUAAUGGGUUGGAAUGGUGACAAUGUUUCUUGUAGUACUUGGGUGAUGAAAGAUUAUGGUGGAGGGGUCUUGGACGAAAGAGUAUGA